AAAAAAAAAAAAACUUACUGACAAAAAAUUCUAAUACGUUGAUUUUCCCCGUUAUCGGAGGAACAGACCCUUCAUCCAUGGCGGCGAAGAAAAACGGCGCUUUCUCUCUGUGUUUUGAGGUUCUUUGCCUAUGCAUGUUAUCGGCGGUGGCGAUCGAGGGGAGAGUAGUGCCUCUAUUGCAGAGCUAUCAUAAAUCCGGUUUUCGAUCGACGUUUCGUGCACUAUACGAUACUUCUAAGUAUGGUAUUCUCCAACUCAACAACGGCUUGGCUCUGACGCCUCCCAUGGGAUGGAAUAGCUGGAAUUUCUUUGCCUGCAAUAUCAACGAGACAGUCAUCAAGGAAACAGCUGAUGCACUUAUCUCAACUGGUUUGGCUGAUCUAGGUUAUGUGCACGUCAAUAUAGAUGAUUGCUGGUCUUCAACAAAGAGGAAUUCCGAGAAUCAAUUGGUCCCUGAUCCAAAAACUUUUCCAUUGGGAAUUAAAGAUCUUGCUGAUUAUGUACAUGCAAAAGGCCUUAAACUUGGAAUUUAUUCUGAUGCCGGGAUUUUUACAUGUCAAGUUCGACCAGGGUCACUUUAUUAUGAAAAUGAUGAUGCAGAAAUGUUCGCUUCUUGGGGUGUAGAUUAUUUGAAGUAUGACAACUGUUUCAAUCUAGGCAUCAAGCCUGAAGAACGAUACCCACCAAUGCGUGAUGCUCUAAAUGGAACUGGCCGCACUAUUUUCUAUUCAAUCUGUGACUGGGGAGAGGAUGACCCAGCCUUAUGGGCCGGCAAGCUUGGAAACAGCUGGCGAACUACUGAUGACAUUAAUGAUUCAUGGGCAAGCAUGACUACAAUUGCUGAUCUGAAUGACAAAUGGGCAGCCUAUGCGGGACCCGGUGGAUGGAAUGAUCCAGAUAUGUUGGAAGUUGGCAAUGGAGGCAUGACAUAUCAGGAGUAUCGAGCUCAUUUUAGCAUCUGGGCUUUGAUGAAGGCCCCUCUUUUGAUCGGUUGUGAUGUAAGAAAUAUGACUGCAGAAACUUUUGAGAUUCUAACCAAUAAGGAGGUCAUUGCUGUUAACCAAGACCCGCUUGGUGUUCAGGGGCGGAAAGUUCAUGUCACGGGAACAGAUGGUUGCCUUCAGGUUUUCCCCCUCUUGCACCCCUUUUUGGCAUAUUUAAAUGGUGCUACUGACUGUGAUAUGGAAUAUAGAUGA